GGAAUGGCUCCCGGCAUCACCCAGGGACAUGGGGGAUGAUGGAGACACUACGUACCCUGUGUGUCCAGGAUGGAGAGAACCAUACUAUUCCCCAGCAUGUACCCCUAGGGUGAGGGGUCAGGCGGCUGCAGUGGAGUGGGGGGAUGCUCAGGUGGAGGGCUCAGCCUCAGCUCAUGGAGGUGCCCACUGUCCUCCCUGGGGCUUGUGGUGUGCUCGCCACACUGGCCACAGCUCCUGACUGCCUGGGAAGGUGUCUGCCCUCCCCAUCUGCUCCAGCUGGCUCUGGGACACGCUCACCUGCACCAGGGCCAUGGUUCAACGGGUGGCCCUGAGCCCUGGGAAUGUCCAGCUGGGACCAGUGUUGUCCCAGGCCAGGGCUUCACGGCCACACGGGAAAACAGCUCUGGUGCCAACAGCUCUGAAACAGGCCUGGGGGCAGGGUGACCUCCCACACUCCAGGCACUGGCACCCAUCCCAGCACGUCCAGCCCCACUGCUACCCCAGCUGUGUGCCCACAAGCAGCCCCCUGUGCCCCCCAUCACAGCCCUGUGGUGCCCUCCAGCUCCACAAGCUGCAGCGAGAGCUGACACAACUCAUUACAGCGAUAGCCCAAGCACCCCAGGGUGCCUUUUGGCAGCACAUUCCCACAUACCUGCUUGCGUGGGGCAAGGUAGGUGCCAGCCUUGGCCCGUCACCGCUGCCUGCAGCUGGCAGAAGGCAGCAGGGGGACCUUGCCCUGCCUAGCUACAAGCCAUGCAGCUCCUGGCUGCUAUAAAGCUCGUAGCCCUGGGGGCAGAGCCAUGUCCUCCCAGGAUGGCGUUUCUGUGGGCAGUUGCCUGCCUGGCCCUUGCCAGCACCGUCUCAGGCUGCGGGGUGCCUGCCAUCAGCCCCUCAGUACACUACAGCGAGAGGAUCAUCAACGGUCAGAACGCGGUGCCCGGCUCAUGGCCCUGGCAGGUGUCCCUGCAGACCCGCUCCGGAUCCCACUUCUGCGGCGGCUCCUUGAUCAAUGAGAACUGGGUCGUCACGGCUGCCCACUGCGAAUUCAACCCAUACUCCCACGUUGUCAUCCUCGGGCAGUAUGACCGCAACUCCAACACAGAGUCCACUCAAGUGAAGACCGUGGUCAGGGCCAUCACGAACCCCAACUGGGACCCCUACACGCUCAACAACGACAUCACCCUGCUGAAGCUCUCCUCGCCCGCCCAGCUGGGACGCCGUGUGUCCCCCGUCUGCCUCCCCCCUGCCAACCUGGCUCUGCCCACCAACCUCCAGUGCGUCACCACCGGCUGGGGACGCACCAACACCAACUCCCAAGCCUUGGCAGUGCACCUGCAGCAGGUAACCGUGCCCUUGAUCUCCCGGAACCAGUGCAUGCAGUACUGGGGCAACCGGAUUAGCAGCUCCAUGCUCUGUGCCGGCGGGGUCGGUGCCUCCUCCUGCCAGGGUGACUCUGGUGGACCUCUGGUAUACCAGAACGGGAACGUCUGGACCUUGAUCGGCAUUGUCUCCUGGGGAAACAGCAACUGCAACGUCCGCGUGCCAGCCAUCUACACCCGCGUAAGCCAGUUCCGAAACUGGAUCGACUAUGUUGUUGCUCAGGCAUAAAGCCAGUGCCGGAUGGAUCCCUUCGCUGGGUGCUGCUGCUGGCAUGGGGAGCUUGGUAGAGCUGGCAAGGGGCUGAGCUGGAAGGGAGGCACCCCACCUCGUAAUAAAGUGUCAGCAUUUGCUUGUGCCAAGUGCUGCCUCUGGCUCCUUUCCUCUCGCCAUGCAGACCAGGGUGGAAGGCGCAUGGGGGAAGCCCGGGGCACCCUGUGGUUGGGUGCUCCUCUCCUGAAUCCCAGCACCUCCCAGAGCUGGAGCUCGGUGCCAAGCUGGGAUCCGCUGGGGAGGUACAGAAGGCAGCACACAAUGCUCAGGCAGAGCGGAGAGCUGGGCUGCAGCUCAAGGACUGCUUCAGGGGGUCUUCAAGCACAUAGAUCUACACCCUGGCACCAGCCCAGGGACCACCGCAGUGUUGAGGGUGGGUGAUGUU